CAAAAACUCAAAUUAAUCAAUAUUUAAAUUAUUCAAAUCAAACAAAAAAGUGUAUUUAAUUUUAAAAGUUAUGGACAAAGUCAAAAUUCAUUUAGCAUUCCUACAGUACAAUAUAAAAUACAAUACACAAACACUAAUAGUGUUGAAUAAUAAAUAAAAAAAGGUAAAUAAUGGAAUCAGUUUUAAAGAUUAUAUUAAUUCAUACUGCUUUUGUUUUAAGUGCUGGUUGGACCGGAGGAAUUUUAUCCCACCUGACUUCCGCGAGUCCAAACACUUUACAGGCCACUCUUACUGUAAAUGACAGGAAGAAGCCCAUACAUAGUGUUUAAACACAGGUCUUCCUCUCAGCAUUAAAUCACGCUUUCAUUAUGUAGAAAUGUCUGACUCAUGCGUUCAGGGCGUAGGACCUCCUUCUCCAAACUCCUUUAUAAGGUCUCCAAACUUGCUCCUGUUUAGAAUUUGAUAGAAAAUAACUCGCUUGUCGAGAGCCAUAUAUUUAUUUUAUAAGCUUUUUCUUAUUUUUGUUAAGCUAUUUAUUUUUUAUUCCUUAUUUAUCUUUGACUUUCCAAAUGUUUUUGUUUCCACACACCUCUUUCUCUUGCCUGUCUUCUUUUCUCCUAAUCAUCCCACUUCCUUUCUCUCUGUCAUUUUAUCUCACUGACUCCAACCCACUUUUAUCCUUUGAUAAUCAAGUCAGAGAGGUGCACCUCUACACAGAUAAUCACAGAAGAGGGAUGUAUCUGCAGAUGACCCUGGAUGGGAGAGUGUCAGGAAGUGAUGCUCAGACCGCUUACAGUGUGCUGCAGCUGAAAUCAGUUCAACCAGGCCAAAUUGUCAUCAAGGGACAGUCGUCGUCUCUGUUUCUCUGUGUGGACAGCGGAGGCCGUUUGAGGGGGCAGGAGCGCUACUUAGAGGCCGACUGCACCUUCAGGGAACUGCUGCUGGCGGAUGGAUACACACGUUUUCUUUCCUCGCACCACGGACUUCCUGUGUCUCUGGCAUCAAGACAUUCUCCAGAUCGUCACUCGGUCCCCUUCACUCGAUUCCUACCACUCAGGAAUACUUUGGCACGGGAGAGCGUGUCCGAACCGCCACCAAACAAUCAGAGACACUUCAACGUGGACUCUGAAGAUCUUCUUGGAAUGGGUCUGAAUACUAUGGGCAGUCCUCAGUUCUCAGCGGACCAGUGAAGUUAAUGAAUUGAACAGAUUUAUAUGUACCUUUAAAAAAAACAUUUUUUUAUUGACAAGUGACUUGAUUAUAUUUAUAAAAUAAGAAGCUUUUGGUUCUCAACAUGUUUCUCCAAGGGCAGCAUUAUUGUAACUUAUUUAUUUAUUAUGUGUGUGUGUGUGUAUUUCUUCUGUAUUUAAAGACCGAAUAUUAAAUCUCAGAUGUUAUGGUUUGUA